AUGGCCCCUCCACCCCGAGGGGAGGAGGAAGAGGAGGAGGAAGAGGAUGAACCUGUCCCAGAAGCCCCCAGCCCCACCCAAGAGCGCCGUCAGAAGCCUGUUGUGCACCCCUCAGCACCUGCCCCACUCCCCAAGGACUACGCUUUCACCUUCUUCGACCCCAAUGACCCUGCGUGCCAGGAGAUUCUGUUUGACCCGAAGACCACCAUCCCAGAGCUGUUUGCCAUUGUUCGCCAGUGGGUGCCCCAAGUGCAGCACAAAAUAGACGUCAUCGGCAAUGAGAUUCUGCGUCGUGGCUGCCACGUGAAUGAUCGCGAUGGACUCACCGACAUGACACUGCUCCAUUAUGCGUGCAAGGCUGGGGCCCAUGGAGUCGGAGACCCUACAGCGGCAGUGCGUCUCUCACAGCAGCUGCUGGCGCUGGGCGCAGAUGUGACCCUGCGCAGCCGCUGGACCAACAUGAACGCGCUUCACUAUGCGGCUUAUUUUGAUGUGCCAGACCUAGUGCGUGUGCUGCUGAAGGGGGCAAGGCCCAGGGUGGUGAACUCCACGUGCAGUGACUUCAACCAUGGCUCAGCUCUGCACAUCGCUGCCUCGAAUCUGUGCCUGGGCGCCGCCAAAUGUUUACUGGAGCAUGGUGCCAACCCAGCGCUGAGGAAUCGAAAGGGACAGGUACCAGCGGAAGUGGUCCCGGACCCUAUGGACAUGUCCCUUGACAAGGCAGAGGCGGCACUGGUGGCCAAGGAACUACGGACCCUGCUGGAAGAGGCUGUACCACUGUCUUGCACCCUUCCCAAAGUCACACUACCCAACUAUGACAACGUCCCAGGCAAUCUCAUGCUCAGUGCCCUGGGCCUGCGCCUAGGAGACCGAGUGCUGCUAGAUGGCCAGAAGGUACAAAGUCAAGGCUUUGACCGGGAUGACGGGCUGGAGAGCACCAUGACGGGCACGCUGCGGUUCUGCGGGACCACCGAGUUCGCCAGCGGCCAGUGGGUGGGCGUGGAGCUAGACGAACCGGAGGGCAAGAACGAUGGCAGUGUUGGGGGUGUCCGGUACUUUAUCUGCCCUCCAAAGCAGGGUCUCUUUGCUUCUGUGUCCAAAAUCUCCAAGGCAGUGGACGCACCCCCCUCUUCUGUUACCUCCACGCCCCGGACUCCCCGGAUGGAUUUCUCCCGUGUAACUGGCAAAGGCCGGAGGGAACACAAAGGGAAGAAGAAGUCACCGUCUUCCCCAUCUCUGGGCAGCCUACAGCAGCGUGAAGGGGCCAAGGCUGAAGUUGGAGACCAAGUCCUUGUCGCGGGCCAGAAGCAGGGGAUUGUGCGCUUCUAUGGGAAGACUGACUUUGCUCCAGGUUACUGGUAUGGCAUCGAGCUAGACCAACCCACAGGCAAACAUGACGGCUCUGUAUUUGGAGUUCGGUACUUUACCUGCGCCCCGCGACAUGGGGUCUUUGCACCAGCUUCGCGCAUCCAGAGGAUUGGUGGAUCCACCGAUCCCCCUGGAGACAGUGUUGGAGCCAAAAAAGUGCAUCAAGUGACAAUGACACAGCCCAAACGCACCUUCACAACAGUCCGGACCCCAAAGGACAUUGCAUCAGAGAACUCUAUCUCCAGAUUACUCUUCUGCUGCUGGUUUCCCUGGAUGCUGAGGGCGGAGAUGCAGUCCUAG